AAACUCUUCAGCCUUUUGUAAUUCUUAAAGGGACUGAGGGGCUUUGAACCGUGUGAGAUCUCAAGAUAGCUUUGCCAUUGUACUGCAGCUGUUUGUUUGACUUUUCUAACAAUGUCUCGAGUUUUAAUAGUUGGCGCUGGUCUUACUGGCAGUAUGUGUGCUUGUCUGCUGCGGAGGGAGCUGCCAAACAAAGUUAAUAUAGUCGUCUGGGAUAAAUCUCUGGGUUCAGGGGGAAGAAUGUCCACAAGCAGAAAUCCAAACAAUCCUUCAUGCACGGCUGAUCUUGGUGCUCAGUACAUAAGUGCCACACCAUACUAUGCUCAAAUUCACAGUAGUUUUUAUGAAGAGCUCUUAGCACAUGACAUUUUGAAACCUCUCGCUGCACCUGUACAAGGCAUGAUGUCGAAGGAAGAGGGGCUUGUGAACUAUGUGACUCCCAGUGGAGUUUCCUCCAUCGUCAAACACUACCUCAAAGAGUCAGCAGGAGCAGAGGUGCUCUACAACCGUCACGUCACUCACAUUUACCAAAAAAAUGCCGGCUGGGAAGUGUGUCGCAAAGGCGGAGCGCCAGAGCAGUUUGACAUCGUGGUUCUGACCAUGCCAGUACCCCAAAUACUUCAGCUCCAAGGAGACGUGGGAUCUUUGAUGGGGGAGAAUCAGCGGAGGAAGCUGGAGGCUGUCAGUUACUCUUCCCGCUAUGCACUUGGACUCUUCUACAAAGCCGACGUGCGGAUCGACGUCCCUUGGGCGGCCCAGUACGUCUCCAAUAAUCCCUGCAUUCGCUUCAUCGCCAUAGACGAUAAAAAGCGCAAUUUAGAGUUGAAGGACUGUGGACCUUCCAUGGUGGUCCACACCAGUGUGCCCUUUGGCGUCCUGCACCUGGAGGAGGAGAAGGAUGCAGUGCAGCCCAUCAUCCUCAAAGAGCUAGAGAAGGUGAUGCCAGGACUGCCUCAACCAGACAGCAUCAAGUGUCAGAAGUGGAGGUACUCCCAGCGAAAUUCCUGGUGAAGAACUACACUAUCCAUGAAUCCUCAAGGGAAACGAUCCACCAAUCAGAGAAUCACAGCCAACAAAGCACACCAAAAGAGCCCAGCAGCGACCGCACACUCUCAAACUAUUUAGAUAUUUGCAUAUAUCUGAAUAUUUUGCAAUAAAAUGUAAAUAAAAUGUUUCUGUUUGUGGUAUUGUAGUUUAUUCCCUUAUGAAACACACUAAGUAGACUUGUACCUUUUGUCUGAUUUUCAAAUACUGCUCUUCUUCAAAUCAAAGUUUUUAUUGUUGUGAUUCACCUUGGAACUUGUUGGUUUGGUUCAUGUCUUAAAACUCUUUUAUAAAGGAUUUUAUUAAAUCCCUAUGGAAGAAAUGAAUUGGAAAAAUACUUCCAGAACCAAGACUGUUGAAAAAGUGGGCGGGCAAUGUUGCGCUCUACAGCUGUUCACUUUCGCAAGUUAGGACAGAUUACUCUGUGUGUUGGGACAGAUUGCUUUCAUGCCAAUUGAAAACCAUAGGAGAGUUUACAUGAACCAUUCGCCAGACCACCUUUUUUACAAGUAGUCUUGUUUGGUGAGGUUCGCUGGUGCGGUGCCGAGUUUGGAAAAUGCUGUCACACUAACCAAAUGAAGCAAACUCUGAUGUCAAAAGGAUUCUGGUUCACUUUAUAUUUCAUAAUAUUUUAUUAUAUUUACAGUGGGGCUUAAAAGUCUUCACUGAAAAUCUUGAAGUCAAAAUCUAAUUUAAACCUGAAAAUAAGCAAAUUGUUAGGAUUGUGGAAAAAAUUAAACACUGAAAAGUUAUGUAAAAUAAAUAGGAAAUAUGUAUAAUUCUGAACUACAAGUAUGUCUAGGUCACUAAUAAAGUAUAAGAAAAUGUGUGACAUUGACCAUGUUAACUCUUUGCAAAAGGUCAGAUCUCUUUGCUUCCAUUCAAGCACACAAGAUACUCUUUGGGACAUUCUCAGAUCAUGCUGAAGAACAUGGAUCAUCAGGUUUUGCAUAAACUUGUGGAGUCCAUGGCAGCUUGAGAGCGUACUGUCAUUAAAGCAAAUACCAAAUAUUUAAAAAAAAAAAAAUCUCAAUUUUGUUAUAUGUAAUGAAAAAUAAAAACUUAUUAAAUUAGAAAAAUGCAAAGUAUUUUCAAGUGUACUCAGACUUUUGAAUCUCACUCUAUAUUUUAUUCCAUUUCCAAAAUUAUUGUACAUUUUUCUUGAAGGUCUACAGUAAUCAGUAUGAUCAUGUAUAGCAAAUAUGAAAAAGGCCUUGGCUCAUUCAAGCAAGUGCCACUAAUAAAAGCAUACCUGCUGUACAGCAAAGUGCAUUCCUUUUUAAUAAAGCGGACUAAUGGAGGUCAUCUGCAAUGGUGAAUGGAGAAAAUGUUCUGGAAGAAAAAAACUAGUCUAAGUUUAUCAGGGCGCACGCACACAUACAAAUUCAUACUCUUCCCCCACUCACUUGGCUCACACACACACAAAUUUACAGUAGUACUUUAUGCAUUCACACACUGUGUGGGACUGCGCCCUUUCUUGCCCGGUUGAUUUCUCAUAUAUAUAUACACACACACAGACGUUCUCUUUCGAAGCCCCCACACUCUUCUGUGGCAUGCAGCGCUGGGCCUCAGUUUAAGGUCAUAGGACAUAGAACAUCUGUGUGGGAGCGCAGAGCUCGCUGAGCACCAGAGAGUGGGCCAAGGCCCGUUUAGACUGCACAGGCAGGAACAGAACGCUCACUCUCACACGUGUACACACACCUGUGCAUGUGC